UUUACACGCGCGCGGAGUGGUGCCUUCUGUUAAUUUUACAUUAUAUCCAAUUUAUCCGGAGAAGGAUCAGAUUGUUAUGCAGCUAUAUAAAGAGAUUUAUUCGAAACAAAAUGGAGGUUAGAUUGACAAUUCUGAUUUUAUUGCUGUCAACAAAUGUAUUUGCACAAAUUCCAAGCCAACCAGUCUUUCAACCAACCCCGCCACUACAAACUUUUCAAGCACAGGGAGUUCCUUUUCAAGGGGUUCAAGCCUCUCCAAAUCAAAUUUCGUACACACCAUUUCAAAUGGUUCCAUUCCCCCAACCGGCAGGUAGUGCACAGCAGCCAUUACCGGCGGGCUCUCAACCCCAGGCACCGUUAGGGAGUCAGCUCCAACCAAUGCAACAAUUGCCUGGAACCAAUCUUCUUCAACAGAAUUCGCAACAAGUUCAGAUUCAAGGAACAACAUUUCAAGCUGCUCCGGGAACGUCUUUACAACCUUUUCAACGAGAUCAGGCAACGCAACAACAACUUUCAACAAUGCAACAAACAAACAGCAAUUCGGAUGUACAAAAGACAAUUCAAAAUACAGUGCAACAAGCUCAACAGAUAACUCAAAACGCACAGACACCGAACUCUGGAACUGAUUCAAGUGCAGGUUCAACAGAUACAUCCAUAAAUGGAAGCAUCAUCAGAUAUAAUGGAAAAGUUUUUAUAGCAGACAUUAACGGGCAGAUGUUAGAGGCGCCUGCACUUGAACACUUAGUUGGACAACAAAUUGUGAAUGGCCAAAUCAUUACGCAGGAUUCAAGUUCGAUUCCUACGCAACAAAACAAUCCUGCCCCCACAAACGCGUUAUUACCACCCGGAAUUCCAAUGAAUCCAAUGAAUGGAAUAAAUCCCAUUAAUAACAUGAUGUUUCCUAAUCAAGGAUUUCCUCCUCCGGGACAGGCACCAAUGCCACAACCACUUCCUUUUCAGGGACCCAACCCAAUCCAAAACGCUAUUUUUCAAAAUAGAAGAUUUAUGUUUCAAAAUGGACAAAUACCUAUGCAACAAAAUAUGAUUGGGCAGUUCCCUAUGCAGGGACCACCCCUGCCAUUUCCACAGAAUUCAUUAAUGAGGCGACCACCUCCUGUGAGGCCGCCAUUCUUUAGGGGACAACGGGGCGGUUUUCCUCCAGGGUUCCCGGGGAGACGAUUUGGAUGAGAAGCUUGUUUCAUUGGUGCUGCAGGAAUUGCAAGAUGCUCUUGAGUUCAUCUCUAAAUUCACCUACCAGUGAAAAUGAGUCCCUUAUACUGUAA